UUAAAUCAAAAAAGAGUGAGGAAAGAAGAGAAAUCAAAAUUUAUCAAAUUGCCUAUAAACUCGAAUAACGAUUCUGAUUGGUCGGAAAGACGAAAGAGGGAAGACAACGCUGCCUUUCGAUAAAACCCGGCUAUUUCGCUUUGGGCCUUAGGAUGCCGUCGUUAGUUCAUACCGAGCUCACUUGUCGUUAGGAUAUUCAAAACUCGGAUAUAUAUAGUAAUUCUUAUAUAAAAACAAGAGCAAUUUUUUUCGGUGUUUCUUCCGACGUGCACCAACGUGUUCGAUUCGCCGAGAAGCGGACGAUCGUCUUCCAUAGCGAGUCGCGGUUUAUCGCUUCCAAUACACCCUGCGCUCAUCUACGGUAACUUCAACUUACUCGCAAAAUUUGACGAACGUCAUGAAUGAAUGUCAAACUGAUCGAUCGUUGAGCGUCAUGUCGAAUAUCGUUCCAUUGUCCAGUGAAGAUGUUAAUCCCGAUCGGAACAUUCUGCAGUAUCCAUCAUCUAUUUUCGCUACAUCGAACGUCAACAUCAGAUCCGAAUUUGCUGAACAUCCGAUCGAUCGUUGUUCACCGAAACGCAACGAUUUCAAUUUUGAAGCCGUCCUUGCACUUUUACCAACACUUGAAUCUUCUUUAAAUCAAAACGGCGACAACUGUUUUUCUUCUACGCUCACGGAAUAUGUUGAACACGAGACAGAGAAAACUGAUGAUUCUAAUAUUCGUGUUCCUCGUGUGAAUCCAUACGGCCACCUGAGAAAACGUGACGGAAACUUCCGAGAAGCUAAGAAUUGCAAGCAAUGCGAUUUCACAGCUAGCACAAAGACGGAAUAUUGGGAGCACAUGCGCCGUCAUAUCAAAGGUUUUACGUGUUCCGAGUGCUCUUUCGUUACCAAAUACAAACAUCACAUGAACCAUCACUGGCUUAGUGUUCACGACGGCUCCAAGCCUUUCAAGUGCAAAAAAUGUUUGUACACGUGCGUAAGCAAAUCGAUGUUGACUAGUCAUCUAAAAAAGCAUUCGAACAUUUAUCCGUACAGAUGCGCCGAUUGUACGUACAAAACCAAGUUUUGCAACGCGCUAAAAAAGCACCUGAGAAAAAAGGAGCAUCAACCGGCAAUGGUGUUGAAUGCUGAUGGUUCACCGAAUCCGCUGUCCAUCAUUGACGUCUACGGUACUAAACGCGGACCCAAGCAGAAAACAUUUGUUAAAAAAGAGCUGCGGAAGGAGCUAAGGGAUACUAUCGCAACAAACAAUGAUAACAAACUUGAUAACUCGGCGAUAACUUCUCAACUUUUGUCGCUUCAUUCGCCAAUUGCUCGUUAUUUCACUGUGACCGCGAUAAAUGAAAUAAACGAUAGGCAUUGGAUAAAUCAUAAUGCCAUGAAUAAGAUCCAAUCUGUCGCAACGUUCCCUUAUAGUGAUUUGGUUGCCGCGUUUAAUCUGUCGAAUCACAUUUCGCUUCGCGAAAACGCUACAUUCUACGAAAAUGUACAGAAGACGGAUCACGUACAAUUCGACACGUUAAUGCGGUAUGCUAAAAUUUUAAAUAUCGAGAACAAAACGCCAGAAACAUUCGCUCAAAAUCUGCCUAUAACUCAUUUCGAUACAGCCGAUAAUAUUAGCAAAUUUCGUGUUUUCGAGGACGCAAAGUUUAUUAGCGAAUCUUCGUCAUUUAAGACGUUAAAAUCUCAAUUGGAUGUCCAGAAGAUUGAAUUUACAGACGCGCCGUUGGAUCUCCGCAUGGCGGGAGUAAUCGAAAAGAAGCAGCUUCCCUUACACGCAUUAACGAGUACGAAUUCGUUAAGAGUCACCGGCACUAGCAAACGUAAAGGUAAAGCUAUUAAACUGGAACGUCGCAUGAUAGAAGAAAACCCGAAUGAAAAACCAGAUCGAAAUGGAAGUAGACUUUCCGAGAUAUGUCUUCCGCCAGAUGGUAGCUCUAGUUUCUGCGAAAUAAAUAAAAAAGUCGAGAAUACCAAAGAUGAAAUUGUUGCCGAUUUAUUCGACACCGAAUUCACGUGUCACUACUGUGAAAUUAUAUUUGGCAACAUUAUCAUGUACACUGUGCAUAUGAGUUGUCACAGCUUUGACGAUCCUUACACGUGCAAUAUGUGUGGCUAUCAAUGCACUGAUAAAUUAUCCUUCUUUCUACAUAUCGCCCGAUCAGAGCAUUAAGCAAGAGUAAAAAUGUCUGAUCGAAUAGUAGUAUCUCUCGAUUAGUAAGAAAUAAAAUUAUAUUCGCCGUAAAAUAGUCAUCGAAAAGAAUGGAAUAGAUGAUAGAGAUAAAAAACAAAAUAUAAUUCUAGUCAAAAAUAUCAAAGGUAACAAGGUUUCGAUCUACGUUUGCUGUCUCAUAAUUUGAAAGAAAGAAAAAAAAACACACGAGAAGGCUUAUAUAGGAUAUUCCGUAAAGACCAUGACAAUGCUUAAAGAUAAGAUUCCUGCGAAACCAUUGCGAGAAAACAAUAUGAAAUAAUAUUCUAAUAUGAAAAUGUUGAAUAUAUGAUAUAUAUUAUAGCGUUUAAAAUACAUGAAAAUGAUUUAAAGUUCGCACGGCCGGUGGCAAAAGCGGUGCGAUACAUACCUAGACAGCACAAACCUAAAAUUGGAAAUACGAGACGUCAUCACGAAAAUCUUUCGCAACAGAUGUCUUUCACAAAAAUGUCUGGGAUGUCUUUUAGACAUUUUUAAAACGUCUUAUAAUCCGAUUUUGGAUUUUUGAAUCGCUUAGGUAAUCUCAAAAUCUGAUGUAAUUAGCAAAAAAAGUUUGAUGACAAAAGUAUGGCAUGUUACUAAAAAAUGACAAGAUUAUUUUUACGAAUUUCACUCAUUGUUGUUCUUUUCAAUUACUUUUUCGUUUUUAUUUUAUUUGUUUCUUUUUUAUUUGAUUACAUGCUUCUCUUUAUUUUCUCGCAAUAAUAUCGAUGACUGAGACAAAAAUCUUAGAAAAUGAAUAAUUCGUUUUUCGAAGGGUGCUUAGACCUUUUCAAAAAAAUUUUUUUAUUUGCGACUAUUUACAAUGAUAAAUUUUUACAUAGAAACUUAUAUUUUUUUUGUUCGUUUAAUGUAGCAUAUAUUGACAUUCAAUUUUUAUUCAUGAAUCCCAUUCAUCGAUAUUAUGCGAGUCUUUUUGCACAUAUCAAUUUUUUGUAUUUUACGCGGUAAAAUUUUGACAUGUUGCGUAAACUAUGUACAUGCAUUCUUCUUCAUUUACUUUAAAAUGUUUAUUAUUUUUUUUCUUUAAAUUUUCGAUUUGUUUCUAAUGUGUCGUACUAUAUCUCGUACUAUUAUACUUAAUGUGACAAAUUGUUAAUCGUUAAUUAUAAUUAUUUUUCUUUCAA